AUGAAAUCAAGGGUAUUUAGUGAAGCGCGUGUCUACGGAAACGUACUUGCACCUCGGGGUGAAGAAUAUUGGGACUAUGAGAAUACUACCAUUGAAUGGUUAGCGAACAACAGUCAUUAUGAACUUGAAAUGAAGGUCGGCAGGGGCAAAUAUUCUGAGGUUUUCCAGGGCGUACAAUUAUCUACUAGGAAUAAAGUUGUUAUCAAGAUGUUAAAACCAGUAAAGAAGAAGAAGAUUAAGAGAGAAAUCAAGGUGUUGACAAAUUUGUCUAAUGAAAAGGACCCUCCAACGGCAAAGGAACUUGAUAAGGAAAAAUAUUAUAGUAACCAGAACGAAGAGGUUCGGAAGUUUAACAGGGUUGAUGAAGUUUACAUGUUGGCACAUAAUGGGCACGAAAAUAUCAUCCAUUUGCUGGAUGCCAUCAGAGAUCCUGUAUCUAGAACGCCUGCAUUAGUUUUUGAAUACGUUGAUAAUGUAGAUUUCCGCAUUUUAUAUUCGACAUUUACGGAUAUGGACAUAAGGUACUACAUGUUUGAGCUUUUGAAGGCGUUAGAUUAUUGUCAUUCCAUGGGUAUUAUGCAUCGUGAUGUUAAGCCGCAUAAUGUUAUGAUUGAUCAUAAGCAGCGGAAAUUAAGGCUGAUUGAUUGGGGCCUUGCAGAACUAUACCAUCCUAAUGAAGAAUACAACGUCAGGGUUGCAUCGCGAUUUUUCAAAGGACCUGAAUUGUUAGUGGAUUAUAGAAUGUAUGAUUAUUCCUUGGACCUUUGGUCCUUUGGUACCAUGCUGGCUUCCAUGGUUUUCAUGAAGGAACCUUUCUUCCAUGGCAGGAGCAACACCGACCAAUUGGUGAAAAUCGUCCGGGUACUUGGAAGUGAGGACUUUGAAAAAUACCUAAUGAAAUAUCAAAUCACUCUACCCCGUGAAUUCAUCGAUAUGGACCAAUACAUCAGAAGGCCAUGGAAAAGGUUUAUCAAUGAUGCAAACAGACAUUUGUGUGACAAUGAUGAUAUUAUAGACUUGAUCAACAAUGUGUUAAAGUAUGACCAUCAUGAGAGACUUACUGCCAGGGAGGCAAUGCAACAUCCAUGGUUCAAACCAAUCAGGAACGGUGAAUAUAAACUAUGA